CCAGCGGAGAGGCAGCAGAGAGGAGGAUGAGGAGGAGGAGGAGAAGCUGAGGACACGCCGGGCGGACGACUGCGGAUCUAGGACGAUGCUCGGCCUGCUGCGCCCCCUACUGGCCGCCUGCCUGUACCUGCAGCUGCCCGGCUACAGCAACGGCUACAGCAACGGCUACAGCAACGGCUUCCACUACCAGGACAUCAGCAACGGGAACGGGAACGGAGAGAUUUACUUCAACGGGAUUCGUCUGCACGUGGAAUCCCCGCAGCUCUCGGUGUCGGCCACCAGGGGCAGCAGCGUCACCCUGCCGUGCCACUUCCACUACGAGCCCGAGCUGGCGGCGCCGCGCCGGACGCGGGUCAAGUGGUCCUGGGUGCCCGCCAGCCUCGCCGGUGGCCCCGCCUCCUCCGAGGAGGCCUUCGUCAGGGAAACCCAGGUGAUGGUCGCCAUGGGCGACCGGCACCGCAGCUACGGCGACUUCCGGGGCCGCGUGCGCCUGCGCCGCUCGGCGCCGGGCGACAUGUCGCUCGUGAUCAACGAGCUGCGGCUCAACGACACGGGCCGGUACCGGUGUGAGGUCAUCGACGGCCUGGAGGACGAGAGCGUGACGGUGGAGCUGGAGCUGCGGGGCGUGGUGUUCCCGUACUAUUCCCAGAAAGGACGCUACAUCUUCGACUUCUUCGGGGCGCGGCGGGCGUGCCGCGACCAGGAGGCCGCGCUGGCCACGUUCGAGCAGCUGUUCUCGGCGUGGCAGGACGGCUUGGACUGGUGCAACGCCGGCUGGCUGGCCGACGGCACCGUGCAGUAUCCCAUCACGGCGCCGCGCGACGGCUGCGGCGGCGCCGACUUGGCGCCCGGCCUGCGCAGCUACGGGCAGCGGCACCGCCUCCUCCACCGCUACGACGCCUUCUGCUUCUCCGCCUCCGCCAACGGGGCCGUCUACUUCCUGAAGCACCAGACCAAGCUCAACUUCACCGAGGCGGUCCAGGCCUGCGCCGGCGACGGGAGUCAGAUCGCCAAAGUGGGCCAGAUGUACGCCGCCUGGAGGCUGAUGGGAUUGGACCGCUGCGACGCCGGAUGGCUGUCCGACGGGAGCGUCCGGUACCCCGUCACCAGGGCCCGGGCCAACUGCGGCCCGCCGGAACCAGGGGUGCGUAGCUUCGGGUUCCCCCCGCCGUACCUGAGAUUUGGCGUCUACUGUUGCCGGUAGACGCUUUGGGCUCGACGCGUUGACACCAGCGCGCCUCCGGAUGGCUCCCGGUAACCGUGACAAAUCAGCCGGUGAGCCAGUUUUUUCCUUUCUGGAUCAAUCGCAACCCACCUCCGUAAGACUGAGCUUCCAGUCAACCUACACCGUGUGAAGCCACACAAUAUGUCUACACUCUAUGGUCAGAAGUAUGUGGGCACGCACAAGUUCCUCCACACCAAACGGUGACUGUGUACUCUGUGAUGUGGAAACACAGGAGAGGAAAACAGUUGGAAGCAUCUCGCUGUCGAGAAUGCGUUGAUGUUGCUGUCGUAUUAAGAGCUACUUUUAAUUGGACACAUUUAAAUAGCUGAAACAGCAGCGUCCACAUAUUAUUGGCCAUAAAGUGUCAAAUGUCUCAAACACAACAGCAGAAAAAGAACACAUUCCCCAUAGUUUGUGUGUAGAUAUAUAUAUAUAUAUAUUAAUAUAUUUAUAUAUAUAUAUAUAUAUAUAAAUAUUGUUUUUCCUGGCAGAUUAAAUCAAGCUAAUCGUGAUUUAAAUUAUUUUGCAGCCGUUUAUUUCUCUUUAUGACUCACUAUUCAAAAUCAACUCAAAACUGAACUCCAAUCCUUUGGGUUUAAUGCCUUGCUGAAGGGCACUGUGACGUGUGAGGGAGUGGUUUCUCGCCAUGGUCCUGUCAGAUUUUUUUAUCUCCUUUCUAUGUUUCUAACACUGUGAAAUAUACCCGGAGUCUUUGCCGGCCUCCUUAACUGUCUGUGUACCCCGUUUUAUAAGGUAUAUCGCUUCUCUUUUAACUUUUUAAGAAGUCAUGAGAGAAGCAAUCAGUGAGUAUCUGUGUUGUGAUAUUUAAAGUACCUGGUGUUUACGUCCAUUGUGUACCUGUCUUAUGCAUUUGUACUAUUUUCUACAAAUUAAUAAAAACAUUCCUGUCAAGAAGUU